AUGGUUAGACAAACUUCCGAACAAGUUUCAAAUAAUCGAUUGAGAUUGAAGGUCACAAUUGAUGCGAUCCGAUGGCUUACUUAUCAAGCUUGUGCUUUUAGAGGGCAUGAUGAAUCCCUUCAAUCAAGUAAUCGAGGCAAUUUCAUUGAAAUGGUAAAGGCUGUUGCGUCAUAUAAUGAUGCUGUCGCUAGAAUUGUUCUUGAAAAUGCUCCAAAAAAUGCCAAGUAUACCUCGCCACAAAUUCAAAAGGAAAGUUUGCAUAUUCUUUCUAGAAAAGUGAGAAGUAAGAUUCAUGAAGAUAUCGACGAUGCCAAGUUUUGUAUUCUUAUUGAUGAAGCUCGUGAUGAAUCUAAAAGAGAGCAAAUGGCUAUCAUUUUAAAAUACGUUGAUAAGGAUGUUUUUUUACAAGAACGUUUCUUUGAUCCUAUGCAUGUCAAAGAUACAACUUCAUUGAAUUUAAAAAAGGAUCUUUGUGCUGUUCUUUCUCACUAUAAUCUUGAUGUUCACAAUCUUCGAGGUCAAGGUUAUGAUGAUGCUAGCAAUAUGCGUCGUGAAUGGAAUGGUUUACAAGCAUUAUUUCUUAAUGAUUGCCCUUAUGAAUAUUAUGUGCAUUGCUUAGCUCACCGACUACAACUAGCAUUAGUUGCCGCAUCUAGAAACCGAGGAGCUAAUCAGAUUGGUAACUUGCAACGACCUGGAGAUACUCGUUGGAGCUCCCAUUUUGAUUCUGUUUGUAGUUUGAUAAAGUUAUUUGGUCCAACAUGUUCAGUUCUUAACAACCUUAUUGAAGAUGGAUGUAAUUACAAGAUCCGGGGAGAUGCUGAUACUGCUUUUAAUACUCUUAAAUCAUUUCAAUUUGUGUUUAUUUUGCAUUUGAUAAAAGAUAUCAUGGGAAUAACUAAUAUCAUUUGUCAAGCUUUGCAACAAAAAGAUCAAGAUAUCGAGUUGAAUAACAAAUUUAGUGAAAAGGCAAUGAAACUUGUUACUCUCAGCUCAAUUUUGGAUCCUAGAAAUGGUUACAAGUUCUUUAACGUUGAAGACAUUUGCACGCUUGUAAAUGAAUUUUAUCCUCAAGAUUUCAUGGACCAAGAGAGGAUUAUGUUGACAUUCCAAUUGCAACAUUAUGAGGUUGAAAUGCCUGUUCAUUCAUAUUUGAAAAAUAUGUCAACGAUUUCUGAACUAUGCAGAGGAUUAGUAGAAACAAACAAGUCAAAAAUCUACUUUUUGAUUGAUAGGUUGAUUCAUUUUGUCUUGACUCUUUCCCUUUCCGUUUCCACGACAACUACAGAAAGGACAUUUUCAACUAUGAAACUUGUGAAAACACAAUUGCGCAACAUGAUGGAGGAUGAGUUUCUUGCAGAUUACUUGGGUGUCAGUACUGAAAAAGAAAUUGCUCAGACUUUUAGUACAGAUUCAAUUAGAGAUGAUUUUUCUUCUCUAAAAGAUUGUCGAGCUCAACUUUUGUAG